GGCAGCGCCGGGCCCCGGGGGCGGAACGGGACGGGACGGGACGGAGCCGGGAGCGGCCAUGGGGAAGCUGCUGGCGGUGGCUCUCGUCGGGAUAGCGGCAGCCUUGGCGGCGGAGCGGCUGCUGGCAUUCCGGAGCAGACUCAAUGCUUCACGGGAAGUAGCCCCGGUGAGCCUCCCGGACUGCCGGCUCAUUAAAGGGAUCGAAACUGGUUCAGAAGACAUCGAAAUACUUCCCAAUGGACUGGCUUUUAUCAGCUCUGGCUUGAAAUAUCCAGGAAUAAAGAGCUUUGCCCCGGAUAAGCCAGGUGAAAUAUUUUUGAUGGAUUUGAAUGAAGACAAUCCCAGAGCAGUGGAACUGAGAAUCAGCCGAGGGUUUGAUCUGGCAUCAUUUAACCCUCAUGGAAUCAGCACCUAUAUAGACAGAGAUGACACCGUGUACCUCUUUGUUGUGAACCAUCCCCACCAGAAGAGCACAGUAGAGUUGUUUAAAUUUGUAGAAGAUGACAAUUCUCUUGUACACCUGAAAACCAUUCGACAUGACCUUCUGACAAGUAUGAAUGAUAUAGUAGCCAUGGGACCAGACAGCUUCUAUGCUACCAAUGACCACUACUUCUCCGACUUCCUCUUGAUGUUCUUAGAAAUGUUAUUGGGCUUAACCUGGUCAAAUGUUGUUUACUACAGUCCAAAAGAAGUUAAAGAGGUAGCAUCUGGGUUUUAUUCAGCCAAUGGAAUUAACAUUUCACCUGAUAGAAAGUACAUCUAUAUUGCAGAUAUAUUGGAUCACAAUGUCUAUGUCAUGGAAAAACAUGCUAACUGGAGUUUAACCCAUGUGAAGACGCUGCAGCUGGACACGCUGGUCGAUAACUUGUCUAUUGACCCUCACACUGGAGACAUCUGGAUAGGAUGUCAUCCCAAUGGGAUGAAGCUGUUCUACUAUGAUCCUGAAAAUCUUCCUGCAUCUGAGGUCCUGCGCAUCCAGAACAUCCUCUCGGAGCAGCCCGUGGUGACGCGUGUCUACUCUGACAAUGGCUCCGUGCUGCAGGGCAGCUCCGUGGCUUCCAUCUACCAGGGAAAGCUGCUCAUUGGCACAGUCUUCCACAGAGCUCUCUACUGUCAUCUAUAGCUCCUCACGGGCAAGGCCUGCUGCCGUGGAAAGGAUUUCAUUCCUUGGGAACUCACUUAGUUUCUGCUAGAUCUGCUAACAACAAGACUGUUCCAAUAAAGGUUAACUACAGUAAUGGAAAUGUAUUUUAGCCUUCCUCUCCAAAGUGAGACUUCUACACAAUAGUAAAGCACAUGGAAUUGAAGAUUGAACCAUGGGCAAGUGAGGGCCCUUAUCUUUUCCUACAGCGUUUGAGAGGAGACACAUCACAGCUGUCUGCUGUUACUGGCAGUGACAUUGGACCCGAGGGCAGGGAGCCCAUUGCCAACCUCCUGCCAGGUAUCCCAGCCUUGCAGGGCAGAGCUGGGAGCUGGAGCAGGGCAGGACACAGCCAGCAGCAGGUGCUGUGCAGCAAGAGCCACGCCGGGCUACAGCUCCUACCCCUGGCAGUCUCAGGCAGAAACAGCAGGGUGCAGGAUGCAGCUCAAGCCUGCCCUCCCAAUUACCAAGUAACCUGCCCACAGAAAAUCCAGGCUUGCAAGCCCAGGGAGGGCAUAGCCCAUCAUCUUUAACAUGCUGUAGAGACUGGAGCAGUUCUGGGCAUUUCUGAAACUCAGCUGCAGCUCUCUGAGACAACUUGCACAAACAGGAAAGACAUAUGCACAGAUGGCUCCAGGCCUAGGGAGCUGCUGGGCAGACACAUUUUGCAUGUCAGUUGUGCACCCAGAGCAUCUUAGUAUAUCUAUUUUAAUUAAGAUAAUAAUUUUAGGAAUUUAGGAUUCUUUUUAUUUCUUGCAGGUGGUGCCUGUAUUAGUGGAAGGUAAGAUUUAUGAUUCAGUCACUGGGAAACACAAACUGGGUUAGUCAGAUUAAGUGCACAGUGUUUGGCCUAGAUUCUGCCAGAUGUAAAUCCACUGAAAUGACUAUACAAAUUGCACAGUCUGUGCCCUUCCAUUUUCCCUAACUUAAUGCUUUACUAAAAUCAAAUAAAUAAAAGACUUAUUAAACAUA